AUGCCUACACUCUCCAUACGCACUGUCGGGGAAGCAACUCUUGUAAUAUUCAGUAACCAGCCUGACUGCUUUCGGAUUUGUGCUGUCGCUGAUGCAAAUUAUUGGGAAGCCUCCUUCGACCUAGCUGAUGUUGUUAGGCAGUUCCCCACGAAAAACAGUUCAGAGUCGGCAGAUUACAUGUCUGACCUUGUGGCUGCAUUUGACGACCAAACCAACCAAACGGUCUCCUUUGCCUUAUCCACUGCUGGCCCUGAGGUGCGUGUUACGUGGUCACAGAGCCUUGCUGACGGCUUAAAGGUCAUCAGGGGUGAGUUCUGCCUUAAAAAAGCAGGUUCUUUGGAAGUUGGCGUUCCUCAGAUACUGAGUUUGUGUAAAGACUGCCUCUCUUCUCAACGCCAAGAGAUAUCCAACCUUCGGAAAGAGAAUUCGGAGCUCCGGUCGGUGGCCGAAACCGCCGUGCAGAAAUACUCUGAUGUUGUUGUAGAGGUUAGCCGUAAGGAGGAACACCUGUACGCCGUGUUUGCUGCCCUGCUAAAUACCAAGAAGGCUAAGAUUCGUACCCUGGAAGAAGCCAGUAGUCCAACCACCGCAAAGAAGAAGGAAGCGGACUCUCCCCCCUCCACGAUGGAGGUGGAUUCGCCUCCCGAAGCUCCGAAAACAGAAGAUGGUGAUUUCGCUUCUGUCCCACAGCUCUCGACCAAAGGGCUCGCCGAAAAGCUCUCAAAGAACAGUCCCCGAAAGCCCAGGACUGCAAGGGCCAAGAAGCCCCUACCAGCGGCUGUCGUCGGUGAGGACAUCAGCUUGGACGAUUUGGCCUGA